AAUGUAUUCAACACUGAAGAGCGGCAGUUAUGGUUUGUUGUUAGUUGUUGCCAGUACGAUGACAGCUUUUUAAUGAGCUGCAGUAGCGUUAAAGCCAUGCAAACGAAAAGACCAAAAGCUGGGAAACAGUUGUCUGGUGGUGUAGAAAAGAACCGACCACGCAAAACACUCAUACCGAAAAACACUUACCGGGUCGGAUAUACUUGGAACCGAGGUGGUAGACUUAAAGAGCUGAGGAUAAGGCAUCUUGCUCGGAAGUUCCUUCACUUGUGGAUUCAGAAGACAUUUGGACGAAUAACAACAUCACAAGCCAGAUCUCAUUAUUGUAAGGUGGUCUUGAGGAAAACCUUAGUGGCUUGGAAAGAUGAGUGGUGGCAUGCAAGAAAGGAAUGGACCCUAAAUAUAAGAGCAGACUGCCAUUAUACGUAUAUGCUGUAUAGCAAAACAUUUCAAGCCUGGCAGGAGUACGUUGCUGUCCAGAGAGAAGAAAAGAGAAAAAUGCAACUUGCAAUCAGAUUCGAGACAAAGCACACACUACGUUCUGUGUGGAAUGGUUGGGAACUGUACCUGGACUUUUGUCGCAUGAAACGCAGGAUGCAGGAGGCAGCAGUGCAGCAUGAGAGACUCGCUGUACUAAAGUGGGUUUGGACUGUGUGGAAUAUGACACUACAGCACAGGGAUGUGGAGUACCAUCAAGAAGAUCUUGCUUUGCAACACUGGGCUCACACUGUACAGAGCAGAGCGUGGCUGCACUGGAGAGACAGGAUGAAACAAGCCUGUGUUCUGAAAGAGAAGGAGUCCAAAGCUCAUCGUCACUAUUGUCUUCAACUGUUAAGACAUGCACUGCAUGGAUGGAUCAGACACACAGAGAACCGACAGGCUAAGAGCAAGAAAACAGGUGCCAUUCACUUUUUAUAUUUAUGAUAUAUACUGUUGGUCAAAUUGGUCAGAAGUGACAGACAGAGAGCAGACAAAUUGGCCCAGCACGGCUCCCAGCGGCUGGCGUUCUCACACUGGAGACACUAUGUCAGGUUGUGCUCACAGAAGGCUAAGAGGGAAAAGGCUGCAAUGCAUCACAGACAACUCCAUCUUCUGCAUUUAGGUUUAAGAGGCCUUGCUCUAAACGUCACUCAAAGUAAAACUCAUCGUCUCAACAAGAACAUUAGUGUCCAGCAUCAUCAUUACAUUUUGCUGGCAAGGUCUUGGAAAGUCUGGCAGUUGCGCUUGGAUCAGGCUGAGGACAGAAGCCUGCAGCCCCGAAUGAGUGUUGCACAAGCCCAUCACAAAAUUUCUGUGCUGAGAUCUUGCCUUCAUCGUUGGAGAAAACGUCUCACAGAGCACCGACAAAUGCAGGAGUUGGAACUACGUGCUGAUGCCUCCUUUGCCCGACGUAUCUUUCCACAAUGUGUAAACACUUGGAUGGAGUUUGCAGCACAACGCACAGAGAAACGAGAGCAGAAAGAGAGAGCUGAACAACAUUACAGGCAGCAGACUUGCAGUUGGGUAUUUUAAACUUGGUGGAGAAACCUGGAGGUACAGAGAGAUCAGAGACUUGCUGACAGAACGGCUGUGCUGCAUUCCGAGCAUGUGUCUUGUGCCCGUGCCUGGUCUAAGUGGUACUUUGGUGCUGUACAGCGUAGAGACGAGAGAUUCAAACAAGCAGCAGCCGACUCGCUUUACAAGCACUCUCUGCUAUGCAAGGCCCUGAACCAGUGGAGAAACCUCCUCGCAAACAUACAGACCAGUCAGAGACAUUUCGAGCAGGCAGAGGAUCAUUAUGGACAGCGCUGUCUGAGAAGAGCCAUGGCAGACUGGCAUCUGUAUGUAGAUCACAAAAGACAGAAGAGAGAGAAACUUGCACGAAUGGAGAAACAUUACAACAGUAGAUUGCUCAGACAUGCUCUAGAGGCUUGGAAGUCAUACCAUUUGCAGACUCAAUCGAUCAACCAAAAUGUAGAGUGCCGUUACCAGGAGCAUCAGCAGCACCUUGUCAGAAGAAUGUUCUAUUCGUGGAGGAUAAACGUGGCACAGUUGACGGAAGAGAGAGAGAAGGAAAGCAGAGCAAAAUGUUUUUCUCAAAAGCACCUUCUAUCUCAGGUGUUUCUGGAAUGGCGACAGAGAACAGUAUCUGCUCAUCUUCACUGUCACCAGCAGGAGGAGGCUCUGAAACGAGCUCAAACGCACCUGGAUGAAUUUCACUUGCAGGUGGCUUUGAGAAGAUGGAGAGAGCGAAGCACAGAGGUAAAAGACGAGAGACUCGAGAAUGAGAGGGCCAGCACACACUACAGCAGAACCCUGGGGAAAAGAACCCUCAACACAUGGACCACUAAUAUUCAGCAUCACAAAACUUAUCAGGUAAUGAAGAAAAGAAGCUUUGAGCUUCAUAAGUUGAGGAUUUGUCAGCACUUUUUUAUCUGCUGGAAACACAGCUGCAGAGCAGAAGAAUAGAAGCAGAGAAAACUGAGACUGCCCUUUGGCAUUGGUCCCUCAACCUACAGGCCAAGGUGUUUUGCAUGUGGCGGCAAUGGAUUGCAGAGUGUCAGAGAAAAC